GCCGUCGUCAGUGAUCUGGGCUUGGCGAUUCUACGGAAGAACAAGAGAAGCUCCAGCUUCAACGGCGACGUUCUUGUCCCAUCCCCACGAUUUAACCACAUCCCUCCCCGCCAGCAUUACGUACCCACUAUUCUUCUUUGACGCGGCGCGCCGACCAGGUUGUAUUCCUCUUUCGCGAUCGGUCAACGAGAAACGAAAACAUCAAUAACCACGAACCAAUUGCCCCAUUCGAAGCGACGAACGACCAAACGACCCCAUCCGGCCGGGCUUACCAAGAUCACACGAAGCGAACAAAUUGCCCUCGAGUUGAACCGACGACUUUCUGUCUGCAACCACGUGUUUCGCUUGAAUCAAUACUCUUCAAGUUAGACCGUGGGCUUUACGUGAUACUUUGCUUAUCACCGCGGUCUUGGGCCCGCGCAUUGCCGGUACGAGAAAACACACAAAGACUACAGUAAUAGCAUCUACUCAUCCGUCACCAUGUCGGCGGGCUUGGUAAAUUCGUACCUCAACAAAAAGGUUUGCAUAAUUACAGUCGAUGGCCGCACCUUAGUAGGCACACUGAUCUCGGUAGACAUGAGCACGAAUGUGUUCCUACAAAGAGCAGUUGAACGAGUCAUUCGCUCCCCCGAUGAUGACGAGCCCUCGGCCGAGAUCGAGCUGGGAACGCACAUGAUUCGCGGGGACACGGUCUGCCUGGUUGGGUUGGUUGAUGAGCCGCUGGACGAGAGCAUAGACUGGACCAAAGUCAAGGGGGCUACGAUUGGGACGACAAAGCACUAGAAUAUACCACCGAACCAUUGAACCGUUUCUGCGCUAUACCUGAGCGCGUGAAGCAUGGUGUCACGCUCCCUCAAAACCAAGAAGAGGAGGCAGGAGAAGGAAACCAAGGGGAAAAAAGACAAAAGUCGAACGGUGUGGCGGUCGCGGGCAGUUGACAUAAAGGACAACACCGGUGGAUAAUGUGCGUGGCACACAAGAUUUGGUUGCAUCAUUAGCAUUUGACACGCGGAGCUACAGGUUUUCUUUUACUACAUUGGUAUGCCCAAUCGACGAUCUUUCUUCCCCUCUUACUUCCCCGUUAAGACUUAUGCUGACCGACGAAGAAAAAAUAAAACAAGGUGUCACGGGCAGGUCCAGCUCUCGGUUUAAGGAACCCAGCGAAUAUUGAUUUCAGAUACCCCAGAUCUCAAAAACUCCGCGUGGAAUAGAUUCGCUUUCUAUAUACAAAAGAAGAAGAAAAUCAACAAGUGCUGCCGGCAGGUUCAACCAAAGAGUCUAUCCAUCAAGAUGGCGGCAAACUUCUCGUCGCCGGGGGUCUUGACCAUCCUGUUAAUUCUGUUUCCCUUGUUCACGCUUAGCCAGCCCAUGUCGUCUCCGGGGACAUCGUCAAAGGUGGUCGCAUCCAGAGGAUCCGACGGAUGCGUCUCCACCUUGCUUGACUGCUCACCCGGCUUCGCCCUCUGUCGUCUGUCGAUGACAUGCAUGCCCCUGGUCCAUUG